UCUAUGUGGUCAGUUGCCCGAAACAUAAAAUAUUAGUUUAGUUUUUACGCUCAGCACAGUCGUAACGGUUGUCUGUCGCUUUGCUUGCUUGUCUCGUGUUUCGCAGUCGAUUCUUUAUUUUGAUUUUUUUUCUAACAUUUUUCGAAUAGCUGUUCCAAGUUUUGGGAAAUAUACAAAAUGAAGACUGCCACUUUGGAUAAAAUUUGCUGCUUUUUGGCAGAACUCAUCGGCACUGGCCUCUUGGUGUUCUUGGGUUGCAUGGGCUGUGUCAGUACCGAAACUUUCCAUAACAAUCACUUGCAAAUGUGCCUGAACUUUGGUCUUGUCAUUUUGGUUAUCAUCCAGUGUUUCGGCUGUGUGUCUGGCUCUCAUUUAAAUCCGGCCGUUACAAUUGCUGCCUUCAUCUAUGAUAUGGUAUCAGCACCCAUGGCUAUUGUCUAUAUGUGCGCUCAAAUGUUGGGCGGUUUCAUUGGUUAUGGCCUUUUGAAGGUUGUGUUGCCAGAAACAACAAUUAAAGUAGCAGGAGCUGCUCACAAUUUGUGCGUGACUGUGCCUCAUCCCGAUAUUUCACCCAUGCAAGGUUUGGCCAUUGAAUUCAUUAUCUCAGCCAUUUUGAUUUUGGUGUGCUGCGGUGUCUGGGAUCCCCGUAAUGCUAAAUUCCAUGAUUCGGUACCAAUUCGUUUCGGUUUGGCUAUUGCCUGCUUAGCCAUCACUGCUGGUCCCUUCACUGGCGCCAGUAUGAAUCCUGCUCGUUCUUUUGCUCCUGCUUUGUGGAACUAUGAUUUCGAACACCACUGGGUUUACUGGUUGGGUCCCAUGCUGGGUGGUGCCCUUGCUGCUUAUGGCUACAAAAUCGUCUUCAGACGUGAAGUUCAAGAGGAAGCUGUACACCAUAAAUUACGUGCCAUGGAAGAAGUUCCUUUGUCUUAAAUCCUUGUUUAAGCAUUUCUUUAAAUUUUCAACAACAAAAAAAACCUGGCGGAGUUGUUAUUUAGCCUCCAGUGUUGCCAUAUAAUUCAAUCUAUUUAGGCUGAAAACUUAAAUUAAAAUUGAAUAUUUUUCAUCAACAAUUCUUUUCCUUAGACAAAAACUAUGUAUAAAGAAUAUCGAACAUUAUUUAGUUCGGUUAGAUGUUAAACACACACAAACAUUUAGUUUAAGCUGUCAUUUGUGCAAUUAAUUUGUCUUUUUUUAAGAUCUGUUACUCUCUGUUUUCUCAAAUGUUAAAUUUUAAUUAAAUUAUUUUGUUGUUUAUGACAAAAAUUUACAUAUGUACAAUUUAAGCUCGUAAGUAACUGCAUUUCUUUAUGUAGAAGUUAGACAUUUUGUUUUAAUUAUUGUUAAAUUAAAUUAGUACUAAUACUUAAUAUAAAUAAAAAAAAAUAAUAUUGUUGUUUAAAACAGA